AUGACAAGUCCAUGCCGUGGCGUGAGAGGUAUGCUUAUCAAGAGAGGGCUUGACAGGAUGGGAAACGUCUCUUCCAAUUAUUCAUGGAAAGCCUGUGUCUUAGCGAGGGAGAUCAAAACAUCUGAAGGCACCUUGCUGCCGCCGAGUACAAUUGGGCCAACAAGGGCCAAUGUCAACAACACUGAUCGCCAUCACAUCAGCGCAAACUCGCAUCCCGACACCGCCCAGGAGUCAGGACGCGACUUUAUACACCGAACCUGUUUUGGCGCACCAUUAAUACUUGCAGAGUGCGAUGAUGCACGGCUCGGGGACAGUAUACUACCGGUAUUUCUGUUGGAUAAGAUCAAAAAGGACCAUCUCAGAGCUAUGGGCUAUCUCCUGAUGGUCAGGAAGGAAAAACACUUCCCCCAAGCCCGAUUGGGAUCCACCGGGCCGACGAUCAAGUUCGCGCGAAAAGUCCACUCGGGCUUGAUUGGUUCUGGCGAGACCCCUGAUGCUCUGGAUAACCUUGUUUUGGCGGUACUGUGCGAGAAUACACUACUGGUAUACGGAGAAUACUGUACGUACAGAACAUGCGACGCCCGGACAACAACAAGCCACUGGCAUAAUGACUUCUGCCCUGCUUUCCUCAUAUGCGACGAUUGCUACUUAUACGGCUUCUCCUGUGUCGUCGACAUCGUCGUCGUUCUCAUUCUCCUCAUCCUCCUCCUCCUCCUCCUCCUCCUCAUCCUCGCUCAAGCGAAGCGGCUGGGCACCAGACCUAGCCAACCUUCAUCUGAAACCCUUCACACACCCGCUCCUGGACCGCCUCAGAUUGAAAGCGUCUUAGCCAGCUCCCAAUUUACAAUCUUUACCGGGAGUGGUCCACCCGCAAGCAUCGUUUCCACAAUGCCCGCCCCUCGAAGGCCAGCCAACAAGUUGUCGAAGCCCAGGACGAACAGCAACUGUAGUGCCAGUCUUCUCAAUGCGAACCUGCGAGGCACGAAAUCUGCGCCGGCGACCCGUCGCAACUCGGCGGCUACGACUAGUAGUGCUCCCGCGAAAACUCGAUAUAGUUUUCUGCCGCUUCCUACGGAGCUCCCACCUGAAACGGUCAAGAUCCAAGAAGAGCAGAUACAGAAGAAACGAAGGAGUCUGUUCAGGUCCAGGAGUUUGCAGCCGAAGAGUAAGAAGUGUGGAGAGGCAAGCGACGAGAAGGAGCCGGUCAAACCGAGUGCAGCUGAGCAGUCGCGAUCGCAUAGAUGGUUGAGAGUAUCGGGUCGGAGAGGGCAUCCACAGGCUUUUGAGUCUGGGGACGCGGUCUCCGAAGCGUCAGAGGAAAUAUUUAUCCGGCAUGACCAAGAGGAAGCAUCAGAGCCAUCAGUCACUGCAAUGACAGACCCAGACACACAGCUAUAUGUGCCUAUACGGAGGAGGUCACUACUCCAGCAUGGAGUGGCAACGAGGGCCAGUAGUGCAGCAGGAACCCGCCAACGUCUGCCGCCAAAGCCAACACAUCCAGAAGAGUUCAAAUUUCAUUGUCAUCCUCAGCCUCCUCAGCCUCCUCAGCCAACCGAGUCACAACUCGCCGAACUUGCAGCACUUCAGCGUCCUCCCGAGUUCCUUGGUCCCAGAGUCGAGACUCCCACGGAACUGGACUACGGACACAUUGGGGCCUUCAAGCUGGGCACACUGCGAAUCAUGAAUGGAGCCGCGAGCCCAGAGCCGAGUCUAAGGAGAGCAGCGACCAUGGGCCAAGAAGAGGAUUAUAUCUCAGCCGGAGGAGCGAGCUGGAGCUGGGAUCGAGGUCACAACCCUAGACUGAGCGGCAGAAGUAACACCAUUUCGGUGCCAGCUAAAGCCCCCAAAGCGCCCUGGAUUCUGCGUGCCGAGUCACCGCCUCGACAAGAAAAUGAGGACUUGGGCACGUCCCAGCCCCGGGCGCCUCUUCGGGAAGCAAUGACCCAAGGACAGGACUUCUCGUCUGUGACACCAAAAGUUAUGUGGCGCCCCAUGAUGAUCGACGUCCCCGACCCCGGCAGGUCAUCUCUUUCAUUCUUUGACUUUGGUGGUACCGACGAGUCUUGUAGACGAGCUGAGUCACCUACGAAAACUCUCGAGCUCGCCCACGAGUACCGGCAAGACCUCGCGACCAGUCCAUUCUCGUUCGUCAACUCGUGUCCAGGAUCUCCGGUUUUAAAAUCCACUAGUAAGCACAUGGCCGUGGAUGACGACCUUUUUGCCGCAGAGCCAUUGACUCCUGGUCUUCCAACCCGAUUCCCCGGGUCCUUCGACUCGGGCUACGAAAAAAUAUCAGUGUCGAAGACUGGGAAGACCAUCCAGGGUCCUAGGGAGUUCGUACCCAAGCCGUUAGCGAAGGCGGACAGCGGGUACAGCUCUAAUGUCUCCGUGCGAUCGUUCAAGAGGGAGUCCGCAACAGCAGCUCCUUCGAAGGAGUCGCUGCCAACGCCACUCAAGGAUACGUUCCGGGCUGCGUCGAGUGUUGACUCGGAAGCGAGCUCCCACGCGGCGUCAAACGCGUAUUCCGUCAGAAACGAUAUAAUCCUUCGGGUCAAACGAUCACUACCGGCUUUACCAGUUAAAGAGGCGUGUAGGCAACCGGGUCGACAAGCGCCCAAGGUGUCACUAAAGCCAAUGCAAACCCAGAUGGAUGCUCCUCUCAAGCUUCGACAUUACGGGUCGGACAACCGCCUUAGCUCGGCCUUAUCACAUCUCCUCCCACCGCGAGAUACUCGUGGAAAAAAGACGCAGUCCACGCCAACCCGGUCCUCCUCCUCUCCCGGCGGUUGUACAGCAAAGGAUGCAAGAUAUCUUCGGUCCAUGCAACCACAAGCUCAAUCAGGCAACCCCAUCCACACAGUCCAAGCAUUCCCCACUGCCAGCGAGCAGAGACAGAUCCCUGCUCCAAUCGAAGCCUGUCACAAGCUUGAAGAACAAGUUGACGGUUUUCCGGCAGCCAUUGUGCCGAACACGCGUUCUGGUCUGACGGGAAAGUUAGGACUGAGGGGGAGCUGUAGUCAGGAGACGCUUGAAACGAUCUUCUCCGUAGGAACUCUGGAGGUGAAGGGGGAACUCACCUUGGCCAGGCUGCAAGAACCUUUGCCUGCUAUUCCCCAGGAGGCGACUGUUGAAGAGCAGCCAGCGAAAUUUCCGUCUAGCAACGAGCGAGUCGGUAGGAGUCAAUCCUACCAACAUGAAAAUGGGUUGAGUCAACACCCCCCUGAUAAAACCGCCUACAGCAGACGCCACACUUAUCAAGCACCGCCCCCAGCUUCUCCUUCAUACGAGCGAUCUAUGGGCCGCCCUUCUGUCGCGAGACGACAGAUCCAGCAGAAUUCUGGAACGGAUAUUAUGUUGAUUGAUGGCAUUUCGAACUCCUUGGGUCAAUCGCCUUACGACGAUGCUCUUGCCAGUCCUCCGCGUGCCGACUUCAAACCUAAGCAGCAAGCAAUCUCACAAGAAAGAGCCAAGUCAAUGACAGCGCACUUCGAAGCUGAAGCCGCUGUACGUUUCGCUAAUCAGCGUACCGCGAAUGCGAACCCAGAAUUGAGCAUCAGGGCGAGAAGCUAUGACUCCACUCCUCUGUCUCCCACCAGCCCGAGCCAAAACAUGAGCCGACGCUCCUACGUCUCGGCAGCGGCAUCUGGGCGCGUGAGAUCCAGACCACCGCCCGCACACGCGAAUCCCAGUCGACGCUUAAGUCCAUGUCUGCAACAGUCCUUCGAACCUGCUCAAAUUCAUCUCCCAACCCUGGCUCAAGGACAGGAAACAGAGAAACAUCAUCUUUCGCGGCUCUCCGUCUUGACUACCAAAAUGAACAUUCCGCCACCAGUGAGCCUGACGACACAAGGGAAACUUGUGAGUGACGCGGUAGGGGGCCACACGAUAACUCCAAGGUCGAGGACUCCGCCGGUUAUGCCGGGGCGUGCGCCUCCUCAACCCCCAGUCGCGCAGCCUACUGCCCGGCAGCAACAUCAGGGCCAGCAAUGGACACAGCCAGCUUCUGAUUUGAGAGGGUGUAGAAACUCCGCAGGUGAAGCUCUUUGGGUGCAGGAGCACGAGAACAUAGAACCCCCUCUGCAAUCUCCCCAGCCAGGUUUGCGCUGUCUUAAGAGCAUGGGUGCAUACACUUACCGGGAGCAAUCUCGAUCGUCGAAUAACCACUACAGGAACGUUGAUGCGAGUCAAGGCAAGGGAUGGGAUGUGGGUGUGGGUGUGGGCUAUGAGUACGGACAUGGAAGCGAGAAUCUGGCCCCAACAUGGGUUGAUAGCUCUCUCCGCACCACUAACCACACCCCUCGCCCGCAAUACCAACAGCAAACCUCAAACCCGCAGCAGGAGUACGACCACUCUUACGGCUUGCCCGCUCCCGCGCCUGACAACAAGGAGAAGGAAUACUAUGCCUCGUCCUCCGCUCACGAGCAGCAUAACCACCUCUCUGAGGCGUAUCAUCAACGGAGGACUUCCACAUCAGACAUGCUUGUCCUAGAUCGAUACACAGGGGUCUCGACUACGGGUAUGAAGCUGGGUGCAGGCUUGGGGGCAGUGCAGGCAUGA